AUGAGCAGAUUAAGCCGGCUAAAGAAGCUUAUUAAUGAGCACAGCUCUACAAAGAAAUCCCUGAAGAUGAUUAAUUGGCUUCAGAAAAGGAAACUUCUAAAAACAAAAAUUAAAUGCAGAAUUUGUCAUCGGGACAUGAAAAUGAAGAAAAGGACGAACAGUAGAGACCAAUAUGCUUGGAUUUGUCGACAAGCAGGAGCACAUGAGGGAAGGGCAAAACAAAUUUCGGUCAGGCACAAAUCAAUAUUCAGUGGAUCAAAGGUCUCCUUCAAUAGGUGGAUGCAAUUCCUGUACAGGUUUUCUCAGGGUCUGCGGUUACGGCAGAUAGACAUGAUGGAUGACAGCAUUGCAGGCAGUUCGGCAACUCUUAGUAAAAUGGCAAAGAAAAUAAGGGAAGUCUGUGUCACAGCAGUUGAAAGGAUGCGAAGGCGUACAGGUCAGCUGAUUGGUGGAAGAAGGGAGUUUGUUGUGAUCGACGAAAGCCAUUUUAGGCACAAAAGAAAGUAUGGUAGAGGAAGAAUGGCUGGUGGGUGGAAAAGAAAGAAGUGGGUCUUUGGUAUGUUAGGUGUGAGACAUCAUCAGCAGAAAAAAUCCAGAAAACCUAUUCUACGUCUUCUGGAGAGAAGAUCUCGAAAUGAUCUAGUCCCUUUGAUUGUGCAUCAUGUGAGGCCUGGGUCUUCAAUUCUGAGUGACGAGUGGCGUGCCUAUAACAUCCUCCCUGCACUAGGGUACAACCAUCACACUGUCAACCACAGCAGGUGGUAUGUAGAUCCCCACGCUGGUGCCCAUACCCAACAUAUUGAGAGGGCCUGGAGAUCUUACAAGGAGCAGAUCUGGAGGCUUAGGGGAAAUCGUACUGAGAGUUUGCUUUCUGACCACCUUGCAGUGAUAGAGUGGAAUGAAUGGCUGGCAAAGAAACACUAUGAUGGUGCAUUUGGCAGACUGAUUCAUGACAUUUCAAGAAUGUACAAGUAG